ACAAGAGCCAUCUUCCAGGCGCCACAUAAAAAAUCUAAUCUAACAAUAAAAAAUCUAUAAUCCCCAGUUUAAAAGCACAAUAAUAGAUUAUUCCGUAAAAGUGCUUUUUGAUAAGACAACAACCAACCAACCAACGUACACGAAACAAAUUAACCCUUUAACUUGGAUGAGAAAGAACAAAGAAACUUAGCCAAAUCCAUUCCACCUUGGCUUUUUUUCCACUGAGGGGUAAUCUCGUAAUGUUAGUCUUCAAUUUUUUCAAGGAAGAAAAAAUGAAGAACCUCUAUUAUUAAUAUGUUUCCAGCAAAAAAAUCAUCUUAUCAUAAAUUCAAUUCAGGUUUUAUUUUCCGUUGAAUUUUAAUUGUAAUCCUUUGGCAUUGAGUGAUUUUUCAUCUCUGAAGUGAUUGGAAUUGUAUGAACUUGUGCUUCAAGUCUUCAAUUUCAACAAUGGUGUAUCCAGGUUCAAUGCAAUUUUCUCCUGAUGUUAGGCUCAAAAGUAAUUAUAAUGGACCUCGAAGUUUUCAGCAUCAUAAUCCGGCGCGUGUUAGUCGGUUACAUUUGGUCACCAUGAAUCUUUUACCGUGUACUUUGAAGCGAGAUUCUUUGGCACUUCAUUUUUUGAGUGGAGUACAUGUUCCAAUAAGGCAUGCGCCUUCCAGGUGCGGUGUUUUUGUAUGUCGGUCUGCCAUGCUACCGGGUGGAGGGAGUGGGACUGCCCUCAUGAAAUCUGCUAGUGUUUUUUUAACAAGGUCAUAUGACUCUUUACUUGGAAACCCUAUUUUGCUUCGAUUGAUCCCAGCCCUUGGUAUUAUUGCCUUUGCUGUUUAUGGUAUUGAGCCACUCAUUCGUCUCAGCAGGAUUCUAUUUCUUCAAAGGACGGAUAGUAGUUGGAAGAAAAGUAGUUCGCGAUAUGUUAUGACAUCUUAUUUUCAGCCAUUAUUAUUGUGGACUGGGGCAAUGCUCAUAUGCAGGGCAUUAGAUCCAAUAGUCAUGCCAUCUCAAACUAGUCAGGCCGUGAAGCAACGACUGCUUAAUUUUGUGAGAUCUUUGUCAACAGUGAUUUCAUUUGCUUACUGUUUAUCAAGCUUGAUUCAACAAGCUCAAAAAUUCUUUAUGGAUGCAAAUGAAUCAAGUGAUGCAAGAAAUAUGGGCCUUGAUUUUGCUGGGAAGGCAAUAUACACCGCUGUAUGGGUUGCUGCUGUGUCAUUGUUCAUGGAGUUGCUAGGUUUCUCCACACAGAAGUGGUUAACUGCUGGAGGUUUGGGCACAGUAUUGCUUACUCUUGCCGGUCGUGAGAUAUUUACGAACUUUCUGUCAAGUAUAAUGAUCCACACAACUCGGCCAUUUGUAUUGAAUGAGUGGAUUCAAACAAAGAUUGAAGGAUAUGAGGUUUCCGGCACAGUUGAGCACGUGGGCUGGUGGUCACCAACCAUUAUUAGAGGUGAUGAUCGUGAGGCAGUUCAUAUUCCUAAUCACAAGUUCACUGUCAAUGUUGUAAGAAAUUUGACUCAGAAAUCUCAUUGGCGCAUCAAGAGUUACAUUUCUAUUAGUCACUUGGAUGUUAACAAAAUUAAUAGUAUUGUAGCUGAUAUGCGCAAGGUUUUGGCUAAAAAUCCUCAAGUGGAGCAGCAGAGAUUGCACAGAAGAGUCUUUUUGGAAGACAUCAAUCCUGAAAAUCAAGCUCUAAAGAUAUUGAUAUCUUGUUUUGUGAAAACUUCACAUUUUGAGGAGUACCUCUGUGUUAAGGAGGCGAUCCUUUUGGAUCUUCUCAGAGUUGUGAGUCAUCAUCGAGCCCGGUUAGCCACUCCCAUCCGCACUGUUCAGAAAGUAUACAGUGAGCCUGCCUCGGAAAAUAUUCCCUUUGGGGAUAGCAUUUUCACUCGAUCUAGAGCAGCAGUAAAUCGCCCAUUCCUACUGAUAGAACCACCAUAUAAAGUCAACGGUGAAGAUAAAGUUAAGCCAUCAACUCGUUCAACUCGUGCAAAUGAGGAAAAAGAUGCCAAGAUUGUUGAAACUGCAGCAUCUGAUUCCAAAGGUGAUGACAAUUUGGCAGCAACAACAGCCUCUCCACCUGGUGUAAACUCCAAAGAUAAAUCCAAGUCAAGUUCUGAUGCCCAAAUCCAGAACACGGGUUCUGAUAGUUCGGUGGAGAAGACCUCCAAAACCAUGCAGCCUAAAAAAGAAAGGGCAGGGGAUGUAGGAAAGGGUAGUUCGAAUUCUGCAUCUAAAAAUCUUGCUCAAAGUGCUGUAUCUGAAACUUCGCCCGUUACUUCCCAUGAAUCUGGCAGGGGAGAGACUGCUUCUGCUACUUCACCGUCAAAGCAAGAUGAAGAGAAAUCUUCAGUGCCACCAUCAUCAUUACGGCCUCCCUUAGAAGAGAAUAUUCUUCUUGGGGUUGCACUUGAAGGCUCAAAACGAACUCUUCCAAUUGAGGAAGAAAUGAGUCCAUCUCCUAACUUGGCCGAGUCACAAGAGUUUGCUGUCCAACGGAAUGGGAAUGGACCUCCUACUAACAAAGAUAAUGGUCCAAUGUCUUCAUUUCCAAAUGCUAAGCAGAAUGACUAGAAUCACUAGAUUGGUAGGUACUAGUAGUAGCUAAAUAAGCAUGAGUAUAAGUUGACAUUUUGGUUUAUUCUUUAGGUUGAAGUUCUGCAAAAAAUGAUCCAGCUGUCUUUUUAAAGUUGGAAUUAUACUGUGUAUUUCUCUUGCUGAUUGCGCAUAUAUGUACAUAAUUAUCAAUCAUCAAUUCAUGAUUUGUUGUAUUAUUGUAUCUCAUCGAGAACCUGUUUUCUCCUGAGUAUGGGCCAAAAAUGUUGUUUUAAAUUAUAAGUAAUAAAGACAAGGAAAAUUGCAGUUC